UGUGGCCGGCCCCGCGGCGAGACAACCUCGGUGCGAGCGCUCGCUGUUAGGUCACGUAGAGCGAAGAUGGUGGACAAGUGGAAGGGGCAGCGGGCGAGCUCGGGAGCUCUUCCCGCGGCAUUGUCAGUGGAAAGAGUUACUGUUGCCCUGCUCUUUUCAAGUCUGCUAUUUCUCCUGACAGGUGCCUAUGAACGGCGACCGCUCCAAGUCGUGCCUCGAGGAAUAGAGUCUGUCAAUGGAUCUACUGUGAACAUGGGUUGUCCAGAAGAACUAGAAAACAUUACUAGUACUAACAAGGCCUGUGGUCCUUUGUGUGACCCUUCCGCCGGCUAUAUGGUUGACGGUGUAUCUCCUAUUCUCAACACAAGUACAUCUAACUGGGCAUCACAUCUGGUGACAAUAAGGAAGAAUGGACACAUUCGUGGUGUUGUCGUGUACGAUCAUGUGCUGCUAACUUUCUGUUUGACACACCGGUGUCGCCAAUGUUUGUUGAGUUGGACUUUGUCCGCUGUCCUGAAUGGCAGAUUGGUGCUCCGGGCAUUGACGUGUAUUCUUCCAACGAUACAAAUCUGGUUUUUGAUUUGAACAGGCCACUGCGUGGAUACUGGCCACCCGUAUCUUCUACUGUCUAUAAAACCUCCUGUGAUUCUCUCUCUACGGUCCAGGUGCGUCUUACGAAACGGGCAUUUCACAUCGUGUGGUUCGUAAUAGUGAGCUUUGCCAAUGAGCCGGACAUCGAGUGGGUGGACAUAGGAGAGGUCAGAUUCCUGAAUGUAUCCGAGGCAGAGAACGGCUCUUUGUUUUGCAAUGACACCCUGCCGAUGAGUAGUUCGAUCCUGGCCCCUUCGUCAUCUUCAACUGUCUCCCCCUUCACCUCGCUGACUGCGACACCGUCACCAAGUCUAAGAGUUAGUAGCAGUGCAAUAUCACCGACUGAGACUGUGACUACCAUUAGAGAACCUCCUUCUUCUUCAAGUAUCAAAACUCCAGGGAAAUAUCCGUUGCCUCCGGGUGUUGGAGAUCCAAUCAUGACCAGCCUACCCUCCCCUUCCUCUCCAUUACCGCUAGACUUGAUUUUCAUAGCCGUAGCUGCAGCUAUGGUACUGGCCCUCGGACUGUUGUUCGCCGUACUGUGCUUUAUCUCCUUCCGCUAUCGCUCAAAAAUCCGUCGAAGCAGGGUUGGUGGUACACCAGACGAGCACGAUUUCCAGUCCUUACCCUUACCCCCAACCCCCACCGAUUCCCCGACCAGCAGCAACAUACUAAUGUCUAGCAGCAACCAGCUAAUGUCUGGUACAAAUCCUCUACUACUGUCUGAAGACAGUUCGUCGUCUCUUCCCUAUUACGACCGACAGUCUGGUCUCUAUGAGCAUAUUCCAGCCGAACAUAUGUUGCCCCUAUUGAACGAAAGCAAAGUGCCAAGCUGCAUAGAUAUUCCCGUACACUCUGAGACCGCCUCCGUUGCUUUCUCAGUGUCGAGUACAGGGUUCUUGGAUGCCGCGAAUGGCUGUGACGGUGAGCCACAGGUACCUAGUACCAUUGACCGUGAAACGUUGGAGCCUCAAGACACCUACGAUCCUCAAGACACCUACAUUGACAUGAAGUCUUCGUUCCAUACAGCUUCUGGUGACAUUGAACAGAUCCUUAGCCGGCGCAUUGUCGUCAAUGAAGGCAUAUACAGUGAACGGAUCGAUCCGUCGGAUUUCGCUAGUCACGGUGGUGGGCAAGGGUUGGACACUAUUGAAGAUUUUGAGUUUUUAGCUCCCGUUUACCCCACCCUCAGCACACUUCCAGAAGGAUUCAGACCCAUCAUCGAGGUCUCGGGCGAUAACAUCAAGGAGAUAAGCCAGCUGCGGAUCGGACAGUUUGGGAAGACGAUUCAAGCCAACACUCUCAACCUAAGCCUCAAGUCCAUUGGUCUGAGUAAAACAGACGACAACCGGGACCUAGCCCUCCUCGUAGCCGUCAAAAGGUUUUGUCCCCAUCCCUCUCAAUUCCACGUCGAACUGGAGGCCUUCAACAGAGAGACGAAGUUUCUUUCACAGCUGAAGCACCCCAAUGUCCUGCGGUUCCUUGGGGUGUGCUACUUCAACCCCGUGUUCAUCAUGAUGGAGUAUAUGGAGGAAGGCGAUCUGAACAGUUUCCUGCUGAAUUAUUCCGAGAUCGUUCCCAUCGUCACUCCGUCUAGCAAGAAUCAAGUCACCACUUCCCACGCUGGUGUACGUUGCGUCACAGAUCGCCAAUGCCAUGCGCUACCUCGCGAGUUUGAACUUCAUCCAUCGCGAUCUGGCCACUCGCAACUGCUACAUCGGAGCCAACACGGUCGUCAAAGUCGGCGAUUUGGGCGUGGACAUGAGCCGCUACAGGUCCCACUACUACCCAAUCCAAGGGAAAACGCUGCUCCCCAUUCGCUGGAUGGCCACCGAGUGUUUCAGCGGGAAAUUCUCGGAGAAGUCAGACGUGUGGGCAUUUGGUGUGACCAUGUGGGAGAUGUUCACUCUGGCCAAGCAGCUGCCGUAUGGCUACCUCGCCGACGAAGAGGUGGUUGGGGAGGUGAUCCAGAAUUCCUUGGGCGAGCAAUCCUGCCAGCUCCUUUCAAAGCCUGCGGCCUGUACCCAGCCCGUCUUCGAUAUCAUUCAAUGUUGCUGGGUACACAACAUGAAGCAGCGAGCAACUUUUUCCGAGCUUCACAAGUUACUUCAAAUGCAUUUGUAAACGGGUCGAGUGUUUUUUUGCCUGUAUUUAUGUUUUGUGACGGAGCUGUUUGUGAUCCCCCAAUCUUUGUACUAAUUAUACAGAAAACAAAUUAUUAUGUAUAGAAUUCCAUCAUUCCCCAUUUGUUGUUGUAAGUAUUGUACACAUUUUGAGUCUG